ACUCAUCCUUCCCUCUGCUCCCAUAUAUAUAAUCCCAACUCUCUCCCAGUCUCUGUAUUAUCUUCGGUCUCUGCUUAAAGCCGCGUGUUUAACAGAUAAGACUCAACUCUCAAGCUUUCCUCGAUCAAAGAUGGCGUCAGUUCAUGCUACCAUAACACCAGCUGUUGGUAAGAGUGGGAACCAUUCUUACCCUACGAAAUCACUAAAUACUGCCUUCUUGCCUGGGUUUGACGUGGUUGGACGUGUUUCUGGUGCAUGCAAGAACUCAUACCCUUCAUCUAUUACCUUAACUCCUAGAGCCACUUUAACCUCUGAACCCAUGGAAAACAGUACAGUGAAAGCCAAAAACAAUAAACAUACAGUUGAUCCUUCAUCUCCCGACUUUCUGCCGCUUCCUUCAUUUGAACAAUGUUUCCCAAAAAGCACAAAAGAACACAAGGAAGUUGUUCACGAAGAAACUGGGCAUGUGCUCAAAGUACCCUUUCGUCGGGUUCAUCUAUCUGGUGAUGAACCAAACUUUGACAAUUAUGACACUAGUGGUCCUCAAAACAUCAGCCCGCGUACUGGAUUGCCUAAACUUCGGAAGGACUGGGUCGAUAGGAGGGACAAAUUAGGUGCACCAAGAUACACACAGAUGUAUUAUGCCAAGCAAGGAAUCAUUACUGAGGAAAUGUUGUUUUGUGCCACUCGUGAGAAGCUGGAUCCGGAGUUUGUGAGGUCAGAGGUUGCUCGCGGGCGGGCAAUCAUCCCUUCCAACAAGAAACAUUUGGAGUUGGAGCCCAUGAUUGUGGGUAGAAAAUUCUUGGUGAAAGUAAAUGCAAAUAUUGGAAACUCUGCUGUUGCAAGUUCUAUUGAAGAAGAAGUUUAUAAAGUCCAAUGGGCGACCAUGUGGGGAGCUGAUACUGUCAUGGACCUCUCUACCGGUCGUCACAUACAUGAAACUCGUGAGUGGAUAUUGCGUAACUCAGCCGUACCAGUAGGAACCGUUCCCGUAUAUCAGGCACUUGAAAAAGUGAAUGGAAUAGCUGAAAACCUCACGUGGGAGAUUUUCAGGGAAACACUGAUUGAACAAGCUGAGCAGGGUGUAGACUAUUUUACUAUUCAUGCCGGGGUCUUACUUCGAUACAUCCCUCUAACAGCAAAAAGAAUGACAGGAAUUGUAUCACGUGGUGGAUCUAUUCAUGCAAAGUGGUGUUUGGCCCAUCAUAAAGAAAACUUUGCUUACGAACACUGGGACGACAUACUUGACAUCUGUAAUCAGUACGAUAUAUCUCUAUCGAUUGGUGACGGGCUGAGACCUGGUUCAAUUUAUGAUGCCAACGACACUGCUCAAUUUGCAGAGCUCUUAACUCAGGGCGAACUGACUCGUAGAGCAUGGGAAAAAGAUGUGCAGAUAAUGAAUGAAGGACCUGGACACGUUCCGAUGCAUAAGAUCCCUGAAAACAUGCAAAAACAGCUCGAGUGGUGUAAUGAAGCUCCGUUCUACACUCUCGGUCCUUUAACUACGGAUGUAGCUCCUGGCUAUGACCACAUUACCUCUGCCAUUGGUGCUGCCAAUAUUGGGGCUCUUGGCACGGCUCUUCUCUGUUAUGUUACACCGAAAGAGCACCUAGGAUUGCCAAAUCGUGAUGAUGUGAAGGCUGGAGUAAUAGCAUAUAAGAUAGCUGCUCAUGCAGCUGAUCUAGCCAAAGGUCACCCACAUGCUCAAUCAUGGGAUGAUGCACUGAGCAAGGCGAGAUUCGAGUUCCGAUGGAUGGAUCAAUUUGCUUUGUCAUUGGACCCUAUGACUGCCAUGUCCUUCCAUGAUGAAACCUUGCCAUCAGAAGGUGCCAAGGUGGCUCACUUCUGUUCCAUGUGUGGACCUAAGUUCUGCUCCAUGAAGAUAACCGAGGAUGUGCGGAAGUAUGCUGAAGAACACGGGUACGGGAGUGCAGAGGAAGCUCUGAAGCAAGGGAUGGAUGCUAUGAGUGCUGAGUUCUUGGCUGCAAAGAAAACCGUUAGUGGUGAACAACAUGGUGAAACUGGUGGAGAAAUCUACUUGCCUGCAAGCUACAUGGACUCCCUGAAGAGGUGAAGGACUGCUCACGAAGAAGAGGGUUGGAAGUGCAGGAGACUCGGCAUCGAUGAUUGGAUGACCAAAACUGAAAUUAAAUACUCGCUCGAGUCUCCAGCUUCAGGCCAUGGAAGAGUACAAAGUUUAGCUUGUUCAUUCCCUUUCACAGGCUGUAUUUAAGUUCGUCUGCUUUGUUUCUCUAUCUAUUGGAACUAAGAAAAAGUUGUUACUUUGCUUUAUGUUUUGACCUUGUCCUUUUCAUCAUAUUAACUUAAGAAAUGCACCGGGGGUGCCUCGACCAAGUGUAGCUCCUCGUCCGGGGCUAACUGGUCAGGCUGAGAUAGUCCCUUUGAACCUGAACAGGAUAAUGCCUGCGUAGGGAGCGUGCUUUUCUGUUUUUUGUUUGUGUUUGCAUACAGAAACAACGCCUCUACGCUGCUCGUGACUAUUGUUUU